AUAACACCACGCUGGAGAGUGGAGCACUGGAGCCUACAAACAUGAUGGACUUCUGACUUAUAACUUAUAAGUACAAAUUAAAACUUACUACUUUAGAGUUACAAGACGUUUAAACGUAAUAGCUGUUAAGUGUUUAAAUUUACUGUUUACACCAAACAAGUGAUACUUAUAACUUCACGAACUACUGAGUACUGAUAUGAAAAAAGCCACUACGUGUUUAUAAAGGUAAAAAAAAUCAUUCAAAAUAAUGAAGGUUUACUGUCUGCAAAACGGGAAAUAUUUAGGAGUAUCUUAUUUCACAAACGUCAAAAAUAUAAAAUGGCUUAAAGACAACAUGGCUUCAAUUUUCAAAGAUAAAACACUAGUGUUAAUUCGCCGCAGAUUGAUUGUUGAUCCAUUUCAGAUCGUAGUUGCUGUGAACAAUGCCUACUUGUCCAGUGAAAAUUCCUGUAUGAAAACUAAAUCUCUUGCUAAUGAAAUUUUAUUCAAUUUAUCAGGAACAAAGAAUAUCACUCAGUCGUUGAAAGAUACUAGCGCUAAUGAUCAGGAUGAUGACAUGAUAGUUGCACUUAUAUCAAAGUUCUCCAAUGUUCCAGAAAUGAAAAUAUUUCAAGAAAAAUGUAUUACAGGAUGUGAAACAGACAUUUCAGAACUUACAGAAAGUAUUGAUGAAAAUUAUAUUAAAUCGUAUUACAAAAUAAGUCAAAUAGAAAGUGUGAACUCCAGUCUACUUGAUUCUAUUGUUACUAGAAUUGCUUGUAAAAUUUUAACAUUGUAAAACUAUACAUUUUGAAUAAUAUUAUAAUUAUAUUAAGUUACUUUAAUUUUUUA